GUGCCUUUUUAAGAAACGGCUCCUUUCUAGGUAAUGUGCGGCUAACUUCGCUCUACUUCCUUCUUUUCUGGUAAUAAUCUCGCGUAAGGUCUUUUAAAAUGGGAGCUUACCGGUACAUGCAAGAACUCUAUAGAAAGAAGCAGAGUGACGUUAUGCGCUACUUGCUUCGCAUUCGAGUUUGGCAGUAUCGGCAAUUGACAAAACUACAUCGUUCUCCGCGACCAACUCGUCCCGACAAAGCACGGCGAUUGGGAUACCGUGCAAAACAAGGUUUUGUGAUCUAUAGAAUUCGUAUUCGCCGCGGCGGUCGUAAACGUCCAGUACCUAAAGGAUGUACUUACGGCAAACCUAAGAGUCAUGGUGUCAAUGAGUUGAAACCGUACCGUGGAUUACAAUCAAUUGCUGAGGAACGCGUGGGACGAAGACUUGGUGGACUUCGAGUUUUGAACUCUUAUUGGGUGGCACAAGAUGCUUCCUAUAAGUAUUUCGAGGUGAUUUUGGUUGAUACUCACCACAACGCUAUCCGGCGAGAUCCUAAAAUCAAUUGGAUUUGCAAACACGUUCAUAAGCACAGAGAACUUCGUGGACUAACUUCUGCAGGAAAGAGCUCACGUGGCAUUGGCAAAGGAUACAGGUAUUCUCAAACUAUCGGCGGAUCUCGUCGCGCUGCUUGGAAACGUAAGAAUCGUUUAAAUAUGACUAGAAAGCGCUAAGAACUUAUGUCUGGCGACGUUUAUCAAUAAAACCACAAUUCAAGCCUCA